AGUCGGUGCGCCUCUCGGCCGUGGGCACAAAUCGCGAGUAAAAUGGAAGCAGAAUUUCGCUGCGAGGUUGAGGUCCGUCGUUGAAAACAGGUGAACAUGGGAAGGUCCAAGUUUCCCGGGAAGCCGCCGAAGACGGCCACCAGGAAACGGAUCAAGGUGCUGGGCCAGCCUGAGGCAGCGCAGAACGAUCCGGUAACUGUCGCCGAAAACAUCUACUACGGACUUUCCCUGUUCAACGAAACAUUCGGCGACAACGAGAAGGAACAUCCACCAUUUCACGGAUUUAGCACUAAAGAGGCUAAUCUUUCUGCAUCUUAUAUAAAAACUCAGCAACAUGAUGCAGAGAAGACAAGCGAUAAAUUGCCAUCUGUCACAGUCGAAAAUCUUGCACCACGGUCCAGCACGAAGAAGGAUGUUAUUGAUAUUAAAAAUUCUCCUACAGACAUCGAAAAUAGCACAGAAAAGUUUACCAAUUCAAAUCCAAAACCAGUUAAAGACAUCACCCGGUUACAAUCAGUUACAAAUCCAAAUACUAAGCAUUCAAAGAUUCACCGAGCAAAAAGUCGUAAGAAUUGCAAGAACAUUAAAUUUUCGAAUUAUUUGAAAAAUCCGGUGCUAAAAUCAGUGAACAACAUCUUAGAUCAGCAUCAAAGAACCAGACAGUUACGUAAUAGUACUGCAAAAAGAUUACUUCAAAGGGCGAAAUCUGGAAGUAAUACACGUAAUUUAGUAGUGCAAUCAGGAGAGAAGCCUAGCACAGUGAGAAAAUUUGUUUUACCCGUUCGCAGCGUGCAUUCGUCAAGAGUUAUAAAACCAAAUAAAAGAUUUAUCGAGGAAUUGGAAGAAAUUUCUACUACAGAGUAUAGCGAGAAUGAAAUUGGUGUACACGUAAAAAAGACUAAAUUAAAUCCAGAUAAGCUUAGCAACUUGGAAUCAAAAUUGAAAGGGAAUACUGUUAGUAAGUUAUGUACAAAAUUUAAAGAGGCAAGAAGCAAGCCAAAAAGGGUGAUUCAAAGUGUAAACUCCAAUGCUGAGAUUAUAACUCAAUCAGUAAAAAAUAUAGAAAAAUCAGCGAAUUCUGUACAAAACGCACAAAUAUCAAAAUCAGCUCAUAGAGAAGUAAAGAAAUCUCAUACUGUAUCGUGUAAGAAUAAAGUAUCAAACAGCACAUCCGACAAUUAUAAUAGUAAUCAAGAAUGCUCACAAAACUCGAGCAGGACGACACAAACUGUGAAAUCAACAAUUUCCAGAAAUCAGAAACAGAUUUCUAUUCCUACAAAAGUUCUUCCCGAUUCCAAUGUUCCACACUUCGAGUCUUCCAGAGUUCAGACGAGAUCAGGAACUCAAAAUGAAAUAGCAAGCGAUUUAAGUAAUAAUCAGGUAAGCUUUAACAGUGGUGCAGGAUUGACAGAAGGUGGCUGUGCAGAAAUUGAGAAUCAGCUUGGACAUGGUAAUAAAACUGCGGUUAAUACAUUGAACAAUUUUGAGACGGAAAACAAUUUAUCUGAAAACGAAAGCGAGCACAGCAAUCAGGAAGGCGAGUCACCCGAUUUUAGCGGAAUGAAACUCAAUGGUGGAAAAGUUAUAUUAAGGAAAGCAAGAUUAAAGUUGGACAAUAAGUGUCUAGCUGGAACAGAAGGACCAUUUUCAACAACGAGUACCAGUAACACUAUGGGAGGAAGCACUAAUUUAGGAUUAACAGGUACUAUAAAAUGUGGUGUUUGCGGAGCAGUGCGAUUUUAUCGAUUUGUGAAACAGGCACGCAAAUUUGGUAUUCACAGUUGCGAAUCUUGCCGAAAGUUUAUAAGCAAAAUGAUCAAACGUCAAGCUUGUGCUAAAUCCUCAAACAAUGUUCUUCCCAUUCUUCAGUGUCAUAAAGGGGACGGUUUGUGUUUAGUCCCACCUGUUGUGAGGAGUCAACAAUGGAAUCUCAUGAGAUGCGUUUAUAAAGCCAGAUGCCCGGCGUGUUGGUUGAAAAUGUGUUUGAAAUGUUAUAACAUUCCACCUCCUUUAAGAACUGGCUUAAACGCGUUGUUACCACCAUUAAUGAGAGACCCUUUAAGUAUUUCUUUGCCACUUGGUCAAGACGAGGAUGGUCAAGGACAAAAGUUAUGCUCGUCUAAACUCAGUUGGCCCGCAGAAGAUAGUUCGGAAAGAAAUUUAUUUAAGUCUGCUAUGAGUUGGAGAAAUUUUGAAAUGGGACAUAAGACGAGUUAUCAGGGCACUGGAGGUUUUCUCUAUACAAAAAUAGAUAAGUUUGAUUCUUCAAUGAGUAUAUCGCCUAAUAAGAAACGAAGGAAAAAUAACAGGAUUAAAGUAAGAAAGAAAAUUAAAAAUCCAGUGGUCGCUUCUUCGUCUGCCAGCCAACAGUCGCAACCUCUUAGACAGAGACUUGAGUUGAAAGGACCGAGAGUUAAGCAUGUUUGUCGAAGCGCUAGUGUUGCACUUGGACAACCCAUUGCAACUUUUCCUACUGUAGACGCGAAAGAAGACAACGAACAUGGUAAAAACAUUCCAAAGACAGUGAAAGAAAAUGAGAGAAUAGAAAAGAGAGAUGAUAUAAAAGAAAAGGAAAUACAAAAGCAUAAUGAAGAUAAUAAUUUAAAUCUUAACGUUAACACAACACAACAGUCUCAUUCGAGAAGAGGAAAACCGCAACAGAAUGUGUCAACGUUGCACUUUCCAGUGGUGUCUAAGGCAGUUAUGGAUACUGUAUAUACAGUUUCCAUAGAUUUCUGGGAGCAAUACGAUCCUUCUGAGGUCGGAGCUAAGGGUUUUGCUCUUAUCGGUUCUGAACUAUUUCAUAUACCUGCUAUUUGCUAUUUGUGUGGAAGCGCUGGUAAAGAGCCGCUGAUCCACUGUCAAUGCUGUUGCGAGCCGUACCAUGCCUUCUGUUUGGAACCCAGUGAAUGGAACGCUUGUGCACAGCCAAACUGGUGUUGUCCCCGGUGUACGAUAUGUCAGUCCUGCCAUCUCAGAUCCGGUCCGAAAUUAUCCUGCAUUCGUUGUCGUCAGUCGUUUCAUCAUUCAUGUUUGUCAAAGUCCGGUGUUAGCUCCAGAUUGUACAGUCCCGAUCGACCUUAUGUUUGUCAGAGCUGUAUUAAAUGUAAAAGCUGUGGUAGCGAGGGCGUCAACGUUCACGUUGGUAACUUACCUCUCUGCUCUAUGUGCUUUAAGUUAAGACAACAAGGAAACUAUUGUCCUUUGUGUCAGAGAUGUUACAACGAGAACGAUUUUGACACAAAGAUGAUGGAAUGUAGCGAGUGUUCCUGCUGGGUACAUGCCCGUUGUGAAGGCCUUUCCGAUGAGCGUUACCAGAUACUUAGUUACCUGCCCGAUUCGAUCGAAUUCACGUGUAGCCAAUGCUCUUCCAAUUCGAGUUCCUCUAUUUGGAGGAAUGCCAUAGAAGCGGAACUGAAGGCGGGUUUCAUCGGGGUGAUAAAAUCUCUAAGUAAAAAUCGCAAGAUUUGCACGGCUCUCAAGUGGAGUCCCAGAAAGGAGUGCCUUUGCAGGCCCGUUUUGAGUGUAAGAAAACUUGAGUUUCCUGAAGAAGACAAAAAUGAAACGAACUGUACAAAAGAAAAUGAAGAAUCGGAAGAGUGUAAUGGUGACAAGUCCAUAGAUAUCGACUCGAGUUCGGGUGCCAAUUACAGGGAUGGUAUGAAUAAGCCUGAUUUAGAAGAACAUUCAAUAGAUAAUCCCAUUAGAAAAGGUCUGCGACGACUACGACAGAAAUUCCAUCUAAAAGAAUGCUCGGUUAGGGUGAAAAACUGCGUUCCGAAGGACUCUCAAGAUAACGAGAAAAAAGACUUGACAAAUCAAGAUUCAUUAGUUUCUUCAACUUCAACCGAUGUCACGGAAUGCCAUUGUUCCGAGCAGCAAAUCAUCGCAAGACCCUCGCCCACUUUAAUGUCUGUGAAACGUAAGGUAAACAGUAAUGAAUAUAAAUCGUUAUUACAAUUUCAUUGUGAUAUGAUGCACGUAAUCAAUCGUGUCGGUUCAAAAGAUCUGAUAGAAACGUAUCACGAGAUUCUACAAGAAGUUUUUCCAUGGUUUACUCCGAAAAAUUUUAAGAGCAGCGACAACAACGCUGAUACGUUAAUGCCUACUAAAGAUGUUGGCGAAGACAUUGCUCUGACGACAAAGUUUGACGAUCCUAUUCUGGAGGCAUGGAAGGAGGAAGUGAUGAAAGCACCGAAAGCAAUCGCAGCAAAAACGGCGAAUCUAUAUAAUAUUCACGUCGAGGACAGCAGAUCGUGUUGUUUAUGCAAGGGUUUGGGUGAUGGGCACGAGACAAAAGAGGGAAGGUUACUGUAUUGUGGGCAGAAUGAAUGGGUACACGCGAAUUGCGCGCUAUGGUCAAACGAGGUGUUUGAGGAAAUCGAUGGCUCACUGCAGAAUGUUCAUAGUGCCAUUUCGAGGGGUCGUUUGAUUCGCUGCUCCGAGUGCGGUAAGAAGGGCGCGAGCAUCGGAUGUUGCGCGAAGAAUUGCAGCAAUACUUUUCAUUUUCCAUGCGCGAGGAAUGUCGGACUCGCUUUCAAUGACGACAAAACUGUAUUUUGCAUCUCACAUUCGAAUACGAGUCACGUCUAUAAGUCUCUGCAAAACGAGAACGAGUUUAGUUUGAAACGACCGGUAUAUGUGGAGUUGGAUCGUAAGAAAAAGAAAUUUGCCGAACCCAACAAAGUUAAGUUAAUGAUAGGUUCUUUGAUGGUCGACUGUUUGGGCACCGUCAUUCCGGAAUUCUCUGAUACGGCUGAGAAGAUAAUACCAUGCGAUUACAAAUGUUCUAGACUUUACUGGUCCACAGUGAAUCCUUACAAGAUCGUGAGAUAUUACAUUAGAACUUAUGUGCAGGUAUAUAUGCCGGACGUCUCGUCCGACAUGGAGAAUAACAUCACUAUCGAUCAUAGCAAGGAGCAGGAGAAAGAUGAAGUACCGACAGAUUAUUUCGCCGUCAAACAAACUCUAGAUGCGCUCAUCGAUUUCGUGUGCAACAAAGAAGUUGAUGAGAAUUUAGCGGAGCAGAACAAUACAGAUCUUUUGCCGCCGGAAUUGAAGGAGGCUAUAUUUGAAGAUUUGCCACACGAUCUGUUAGACGGAAUUUCCAUGCAAGACAUUUUUCCAAAGAUGUCGUAUGAGGAUUUUUUAGCCAUGGAUUUAAAGAAUGAUGGCUCUUUCAGCACGGAUUUAUUCAAGGAUGAUAUGUUGUCGUCAGAAGUCGAAGAGACGAUAAAACCGUCGGAAAGUAAGAUCUCCAAAAUAGAUUCGUCUCUGUUGGAAUUAGGAGCGCACAAUGAUCUCUGGGUACGAUUGGAAGCAAAGACUGCGAUGCAGGAUCUCAUGGACGACUUAUUUAAUUCAAAAAGCCAGAAACGCGGCGGUAGAGAACUGAAACGAUCCAAAUCAGAGGUGAUGUCGAACAAUCCGCUGAUCGUCGGCGGUCAAAGGCAUCAUCAACGUUCCUGCAGUCUCACAUGGAGCUGCAAGCUCGACAACACUUAUGGUUCUAACAUAAAAAGACGGAAGUUGCCCCGAAAUCCAUCCAGUACCAAGUCCAGCGAAACCGGUCUUAUUGUUCUUGAUGCGCAAAACGAACGUACGUCGAUGUUUCAUGAAUUGAGAAUCCCGGAGAGUAUUAUGGUCACUGUGGGAAGAGGAAACACGCCUAACAUACUAUCCGAUUCUGUGCGCGAGUUGAAAUAUUGUAUUGAGGACUCUGCUGGAUUAAAUCGCCGCGUGUUACCAGCCAGGGACGACGUAAAGGAACACAAGAGGCUGCUUUGGCAUCCAAGACAGCAGCAACCGCGAAUAGUGCAAGUCGACGGGUCGGUUGACGCUAAUAGUGCCAGCGAGUGCAGUUCACCAGAAUACAAUGCCGAAGAGAAAAACGCGAAUCUUCAAACAUCUGAAUCAUUAUCGAUCCCGCAAUUAGACGGCAUUAAUGAUGAGCACUCGUCUGAUGCGAGCGAGUCAAGCUCGGAAAUGGAACUUGGCUUAUACGCGCGGCCUUCAAAUCUUUUACAUUCAAAGCGUAUCUUUGGUUUCAUCAGAUCACAUGUGUCAAGUAACUGUGAUAAAAAAACGAAGAGUGGCAAUAGCAACUUUAUAACCGCACCAACCAUUAGAUGUACCUCGCACAAAGCGGAAGUCUUGUUCAAGGAGAAGAAUCUCAAAAUGAAUCUGCAGAUCCCACAGGUCGAUGGUGCAGGCGAUAUCUCGAGCGACGACGAGUGCGUCUCGUCGCAACAUAUGAUGACGCAUGAAAGGUUACUUCAUACCUCAUACGAAUCAUCGCCGUUCGAGGAUAUCGAUGUCACUUGCAAGAGAUGUGGCCUCACGUAUCGCAACGAGGAGAGUUACAAUCGUCAUCUGAACAACUGCGAUACUAUGAUUACUAGUGAUAGCGACUCGGAGACCAUGGACAACAAGCUGGCAUCGCCAGAAUCGGGGUUUUCCCCAAACAUGGGUUCGAUGUCAUCGCAAUUCAUCACGCUUUCACCAUCUGAGGGCCACACUCUAACGACCGAUUACUCAGAUAUUCAAGCGACGUCACCCAUCGAGGCAUCCGUGGCGUCGCCUCAUCCGAGUAUCCAGAUUGAACCGAUUGCCCAAGCGAUCAUUACGCCACAAAUUCAUGCGACGCAUGCCACCGUCGAGACCGUACACCAGACAGUAUUAACGUCCAAUGACGUGAUCGUACAGACUCAAUACACCCGUAGAACCACCACUCUGCCGAACCCAGCAGUAUUACCUCCUCAGGAAAGCACAGUGCAGAUAACGGAGAUCACAGAUCCGCCGUCCAUCUCCAGCGACUCAAAUGCUACGGCGCAUGGUAUCGUGAAUACACCGAUGAGUUCGCCGGACAGCACGAGCUCGCAGACCGUCCCAAGUCCGGAAAUGUCACCCAGUUUUUCGUCCAUGGGCGUACAAACUGCGCACGAGUCUAUGCAGACGAACGCACAGAUCACCCGAACCUCUUCCAAGAAGAAUUUACGGGUAGCCAAGCCUAAGACCAAGAACAUCAAGCCACAGCAACAUGUUUUGAAAAAUGUAAUACAGUCGCCGCAAAAUAUCGCGCACAAUGUCAAAUUUCAACCGACAACAAUGUCAAACGGUCCACCGGUAAUCCAGUUACAUCAGACCACCCCGAGACCGCCCACAGUAAUCCUUCAGCAAGUGGCGUCACCAGGAAUUGUAUCCGCUUAUGUGGAAGCACUGCAGCAACAAUCUGGUCAAAAUUUACAAUACAUCACGACAAUAGGUGACGGGCAACACGAGACCGGUUUCAAACCGCAGCUGAUCGCUGCAAAUUCUUUAGUGCCAGGCACCUAUAUACAAGCACCGUCCACCGACAAUCUGCUGCUACAAAACGGUGGUAUAUCGAUAUUGCCGAGCGUGCAGAUUGCGCAGACACAGCCUACUGUAUUAGGUACCAUCAUACAACAACAACCCAAUGCAAUCCAAUGUGGCGUUAUAUCAUCGGAGCAACUGCUAUUGAGUUCUACGCCUACUCUGGAAAUGUUUGCCGAUCCAACCGGCGGUAUGUUUGUAUCGAAUCAACCAAUGUACUAUGGUCUGGAGACAAUCGUUAGCAAUACCGUGAUGUCGUCUAGCCAAUUCAUGACUGGCACAGUGCCACAAGUAUUGGCCAGUAGUUAUCAAACAACAACACAGGUAUUUCAAGCAUCUAAGCUGAUGGAGCCUAUCGUGGAUGUACAAGCUAUGUCGGGCGUACCUACUGUAACAACGAUGCAGAAUGUAUCGAGUAUGCCGAACAUAUCUGGUAUGCCCAACAUAACUGGCGUAUCUAACAUAGCGAGUAUGCAGAAUGUGAGUGGCAUGUCCAACAUGUCUGGAGUACCUUACGUGGUGGUGAACCAAUCGGCGCCGUCGUUACCACCAGCAGCAGCUCCGGUACCAUCACCAGCACCAACAUUGGCAUCGGCACCGAUGCCAGCAUCGGCAUCAAUACCAGCACCAAUGUCAAUACCGACACCAGUGUCAAUACCGACACCAGUGUCAAUACCGACACCAGUGUCAUUACCGACACCAAUGUCAAUACCGACACCAGUGUCAAUACCGACACCAGUAUCAAUACCAACAUCAGUAUCAAUGCCAGCACCAAUAUCAAUAUCAGCAUCAACGCUAGCAGUGGAACCAAUUGUAACGCCACCACAAAUCAACAUUUCCGCCACAUCUCCGGAACGAGCUUAUGGUGGCAUCGCGUGUAACGUCGUUACACCGGUACCGUGUCAAAAUGCGACCAUAGAGCAUCCAAUGGCAUCGAUUCAAGUGGCAGAUGUGUGCUCAUCGAAUGCGACGUCGAUAAGCGCAAUGACACCGACAAAGCUAUCAUCGUCGGCGCCACCACCGCCACCUCCACCACCUCCACCACCACCACCGCCACCACCACCACCACCACCACCACCACCACCGCAACCAACAUCACCACCGCCAUCAACACCUCCAUCGUCGCUACCAUCGCCGCCAUCAUCAGCACUACCACCUCAUGCAAUGCCAAUGAUACCUCGUGUCGCUGUGAGACCCAGUCCAGUCACGCAUUUGGUUCAGGCGAAUCAUGGAGCUUGGAAGAUCACUGAGCCGUUGUUCGGCGCGGAGCAACCGAUGAACAACAGUGUGCGACCAUAUUUCGAUUCGAAACACGUAUCGGAGAACACUAGCAUGAUCAAGUCUAGCAUAUCAUCAUCUAAGAUACCACCUUUAUCGAAUCAUUAUGUUACGCAACGGAAUCUAGUUUUAAAUCAUAAGUCAAAUCACGAUGUAAAUAGCAUACAUAAAAGCUAUAGUAACGGUAUCGCGUUGAAUCCGAACUCGAUGAACACAUGCAUCAACAAUAACAACCCAAUCAUUGUUUCUAAUUCCAAUUCCGUGCAAAACAAAAUUACGAUGCCGACGAAUAACAUGCCGACCAGUAGACCGAUGAACAGGGUGCUGCCAAUGCAGGCGGUGACACUUAAGCAGGAUCCAGCAAAGAAAGACGAUUUGGCGAUUGAAGAGCCGACGAAACCGGUAAUCAAGCCAGCCGAACCGGAAAUCGUAGAAUCAAAGAAGGAAAUCAUCGAGCAGAUCGUGCAAAUAAAAAAACCUGAAACCGCACUCAGCAAUAUCAGUGACAAUAUCAAACUGAAUACAGAAACUAUAGAGAAAGUAAAGGAGAAUCUCAAAUUGGAACUUGAUAAGGAGAAGCUACAAAACACAUCGUUGAAGAUAGUGCUGCAGAAACAGUUACAGGACGGUUCUUACAAGAUCACGCGCAACAUGAAGGCGGUCACUCAGAGCAAAAAGACACCACAAGUAACAUCUGUGGAGAUAUUACCGUCAAAACAGGUGCCUCAGAUUGCGUCAUUACAACUGUUGCCGAUCAAAACGUUUACGCUCAAAGCGAACAAAUUCGAGGACAAAGUGAAACCUAUGGACGCGAAAGUGAACAUACUUAAGGCAAAAGCGCCACCCGUAGCUGUCAAGAAACCCAGAAUAGUGACGAAAUCAAUCAGACCGCUGCGAAACAAUCCGCAGCAGAAUCCGCCGCAAAUGCACAAUUGCUCGAAAGGACCGAUCUUAAUGUAUGAGAUCAAGUCGCAAGAUGGCUUUACCCAUACUGCCUCGUCUAUGACCGAGGUUUGGGAGACAGUGUAUCAGGCGGUACAGAAUGCGCGCAAGGUUCACAACUUGUCUCCUCUGCCUCACAAUCCGUUGUCCGAGGGUCUCGGUUUGGAGAAUAAUGCGGCUAUCUACUUGAUUGAACAAUUGCCGGGCGUCAACAGAUGCAGCAAAUAUAAGCCCAAAUUCCAUACGUUGGAGCCGCCAAAACCCGACGAGAUGGAAAAUGAGUUGCCGGCAGCGUGUGCCAACGGAGCGGCACGAGCAGAACCUUUUAAAGGCAGGAAAGUACACGACAUGUUCAGCUGGUUGGCGUCGCAGCAUAGACCGCAUCCUAAUAUAAUUACAAUAUCGGAAACAGAAUCUAGGCGAGCCGUGAGUACCAAUUUGCCUAUGGCAAUGCGCUUUAGAAUACUUAAAGAAACAUCAAAAGCAUCUGUUGGUGUAUAUUAUUCCCAUAUACAUGGUAGAGGACUGUUUUGUUUGAGAGAUAUCGAGCCUGGUGAGAUGGUCAUUGAAUACGCCGGUGAAGUUAUUCGAUCUUCCUUGACCGAUAAAAGAGAAAAGUAUUAUGACAGCAAGAAUAUAGGCUGUUAUAUGUUUAAAAUCGACGAUCAUCUAGUUGUUGAUGCUACUAUGAAGGGAAAUGCAGCUAGGUUUAUCAAUCAUUCGUGCGAGCCAAAUUGCUACUCGCGAGUGGUGGACAUACUAGGUAAGAAACACAUACUGAUUUUUGCUCUUCGUCGCAUCAUUCAAGGAGAGGAGUUGACAUAUGACUACAAAUUCCCAUUCGAGGAUAUCAAGAUCCCGUGUACUUGCGGUUCUCGCAAAUGUCGCAAAUACCUCAACUGAGACUGCGUAUAUACAGCUUAUCUUAAGCAGCUGACCGAAGACAAAGAAAUAAAAUAUGUGCUAUAAUUGCGCGCGCGCUUUCGAAUAGGAUUCAUUUUAUUGAAUGUUAUUCAUUUUACUCAUCAUCAAACUAUUUUCAGAGAUUGCAGCUUUUUAUUACUAUAUAAAAGAACAUAGAUUAUACAUUUUAAAGAUUAGAAGGCCAGACGUAAUACGCGAAGCACAGCGAUUACGAUGAUGUUACUUUAGACAGCUACGUUCCUGUAGUUGAUUUAACGGGGGGUAUAUUUACACAUAUACCUAUAGCAAUAAACCAUUCGAGUAUCUCCUGCUUUUGUAUCCGACAAAGUCGUGCGUUUUACUAACGCGCUUCAGACUUGUGAAAGUGUUAUUUUAUUCACGCCUGUGCUUUCUCGCACGACUUUUAGACUCUACGUAUUAUCUACUGUUGAGGCUUAAGUGUACAAGUUAUCUUACACUUUACACUAAAUGCGAGAGCUCCUUAUACGAGAGCGCAUAAUUCUUGCAUGGUAUGGAU